AUGACUAGUACUGACGCAAACCACGUACGACAGAUCUCGUUCACAUUCAUCCUCCCGUUGUUCCCGAAGCUUCUCGAAUUCUACCGCGACCGUGAAGCCCCCUCGCUUCUUGAGCAUGGCCCGCCGACUCUUCUGCAGCGAGUCCUCGGCGGUCUGAACAGAUACAAGGCUGCGUUUUCUAGACCGAUCGCAUCGCGACACGAUAUUGUCUUGCUCGGAGGCGCCAUGGGCUCCCUCUUCUCCCUGCUGCAGGCCGUCGCCUCGCCCGUCAUCGGCUACCUCUCAGAUCGCUAUGGUCGACGACGGGCCCUCCUCGUUUCCAUGAGCGGCAACAUCCUCUCCGUUCUCCUCUGGGUCGCGGCAGUCGACUUUCGCACCUUCAUCGCGAGCCGCAUCGUCGGCGGCCUGUCGGAGGGCAACGUCCAGCUCGCAACGGCCAUGGCCAGCGACAUCUCGGACGAGGCCAACCGCGGGUCGACCAUGGCCAUCAUCGGUGCCUGCUUCUCCGUCGCCUUCACCUUCGGCCCAGCCCUCGGCGCGUGGCUGAGUAGCCAGACGAUCGUGGCGGCAAACCCGUUCGCCGCCGCCGCCGGCUUCAGCCUGGCAUUGAUCGUGGCGGAAACGGUGUACAUCUAUCGUUGCCUGCCAGAAACGCUACCCUCCUUGACGGGUGGCGGGGGCAAUGCCGUGGAUGGGACGCCGAAGGGAGAGAGAGAGAAGCCGAAAGGGUCGGCGGCUGUGGAGCGGACAAAUUCGCCCGCGCUGUUGUACGCCGUCAACUUUCUCUUCCUCCUGUUCUUCUCCGGCAUGGAGACCUCGCUGUCAUUCAUGACCUACGACCUCUUCUCCUUCACCUCGGGCCAGAACGGCAGGCUCCUGGGAUACAUCGGCCUCGUCGCCUCGGUGCUCCAGGGCGGCGUUUCUCGACGGCUGCCGCCCCUGCUCUCGGUCCGGAUCGGUGUCGCCUCCUGCUUCGCCGCCUUCGUCCUCCUCGGCCGCAUCACCACCGUCGGCGGCCUGUACGCGGCGGCGACGUGCCUCGCCAUCACUUCGGCAACGGUCGUGACGAGCCUCAACGCGCUGACGAGCUUCGAGGCCAGCGACGCCGAGCGCGGAAGCAAGCUCGGCCAGCUUCGCAGCUGGGGCCAGCUGGGUCGCGGCAUCGGGCCGGUGCUCUUCACGAGCGUGUACUGGUGGGCCGGUCGCGCUUACGCGUACGGCGUCGGAGCGACGGGCAUGGCCAUCGUUGCCACCGCUGCCUUCACGAGACUGGCGUCGCCGAGAGGCGCCGGGAGGCCGACGGCACCUUGA